UAAACACAUACACCACUUAGUUGGUGCUCAACUUAGUUCUGUGCUUGAUAGUUAAGGAUGUUCCUUAUAAUUUUAAUAUUAGUUGUUAUUCCCAAUGUGCAAAUGCAAUUAAGCGAUGAUGGACAUUCAUAUGAAGAAAAAUUACGUCAGUUUGAGAAAGAUGUGGCCACCCAUCUUUUUAAAAUCCCUACCUUUAAUCCGACACCGAUUAAAGAUUUGGAAAAAGCGAUAAAAGAUGUGAUGGUAGACGAUUUUUUAAAAUCUACAGGAGAUAAAGUUUUGUGUGGUACUUGUAUGACAGUAAUUUGGAAAAUUCAGAAUGGUAUUUUAAAUCUUCGCUUUCUUUUGGAUGUUAUUUGCAAUCUUUAUAUAACGAUGACAACACUUACACGAACUGAUUUCUGUUCGAAAUUCUUGGAUUUACACAUAGACUUACUUAAACGAAUAGUUGAAACUAGUGAAAUCUUGGACCCAGAACUUGCUUGUACGGUUCUUUUAUACAAUAGUGAUUGCUUCUAUGAAAAAGAAGCACUUAGUUGGUCCAUGGAGACACCUGCUGCUUUAAAAACCCAACCUCUGAAAUUAGAUGAUCAAUAUAACGAUAGGCCGUUAAAGAUAUUAUACCUAACAGAUUUUCACGUAACGAUGGAUUAUGAACCAUCCGGGAUUGCUGAUUGCGGAUAUCCUGUUUGUUGCAAGCAGAAUCUCGGCAACUCUUGGAUUAAAAAGAAAGAUGCGGGAUUCUGGGGCGAUUAUAGAAACUGUGACACUCCUUAUUAUAUGAUGGAAGAUACUUUUCAAUAUAUAAAUGCUACAUUCAAAGAUAUUGAUUUUAUAUAUUUCACUGGAGAUAUUAUAGAUCACACGGUUUGGGAUACUUCUAUCGAAUCAAAUUCUAGAAUUAUAGAGUACGUCUAUAACCAAAUGUCACAAGCUUUUCCCGAAAAAUUAAUUUUGCCUGUCAUCGGUAACCAUGAGUCGACUCCAGUAAAUGUAUUUGCCCCAAAAUAUAUUACUGAAGAAAAAUAUUCCCAACAAUGGUUAUAUUCAUUAUUAGGAAAUUUGUGGUCCCGGUGGCUUCCAUCACAAGCAGUUGAUACUGUAAAAAACUUCGGGUAUUAUUCCUACUUACUUAAUGACAGAUUAAAAAUAAUUGCCCUUCAUAACAAUGUAUGUUAUAUGUACAACUGGUGGAUCUUCUACGAUACUCGAUUUAUGAUGGAUCAAUUGAAAUGGCUCGCUGAUGAAUUAGUGGAAGCUGAAAAUAAAGGACAAUUCGUCCACAUAAUUGGCCAUGUUGCACCGGGAAAUAAAGAAUGUAUCCAGCCUUGGGAAAAACAAUUUUAUUCUCUUGUUUCCAGAUUCAGACACAUAAUAAAAGGACAAUUUUUCGGACAUACUCACACAGAUGAGUUAAAAGUGUAUUUCGAAGACGAUAUGAAACCUUUCAGUGUUGGUUUUAAUGGCGCAAGUCUGACACCAUUUGCCAAGUUUAAUCCCAAUUUCAAAGUUGUAACAUUAAAUUCCAGUAAUUACGAAGUAAUUGAUUGUGACACAUAUAUUUUUAAUUUAACCGAAGCAAAUUUGAUGCCCAAAACAUCCCCAAGAUGGUUUAAGUUAUAUUCAUUGAAACAAAAUUACAAUUUAGCAGAUUUAUCACCACAAACCCUUGGUGACUUAUCACUUAGACUAUUUCAGGAUAAUGAACUAAUACAUCAGUACUUUAGAUAUUACGUUAGAGAUGGUGAUGCAUCUCUUAAAGAUGGAUGUGACAGCUCUUGUAAAAAUGAAUUGGCGUGUAAAGUUGCAACAACAAUUUCUCUUCAAUCUCCCGUAGAACAUUGUAAUGAAAUGUAAUGUAAUUAAGAAGAUUUUAUUGAUGUUUUUAUUUAUUCGUUUUGAGUAAUUCGAUACGUGAUAUUAAGGAUUGAUAUAAAACAAUAUUAGAAUUCUUAAUAUUUAUUGUGGUUAAAUAUUUGGUAACAAAUAAAUAUGCAUUUAGUUAUUAGUUACAAUAAUAAAAUAUAAAAAUACAAAAUGAA